AUGUUUACAAAUUUGUCCUAUUUGAAGAAACAUACUCCCGAAAAUGGUACCGACCGUGAAAGUUAUUUAUCGCUACUUGUCGAUGAGUAUUUGAACUCAUCUUCCUUAGAUUCUAAAAGUCAAGUUCUUGCAAAUUUGGCAAAUUUUGCUUACGAUCCGAUAAACUUUGCUUACAUACGAGAUGUUGGUGUCUUUGAUGUUUUUCUUUAUGUGAUUAAAAAUGAAUGUAACAUCCAAUUGUUACAUUUUGCUACCACUGGUAUAUGUAACCUGUGUUCAGAUCCAGUCAACUUAGACUACUUAAUAGAACACAGUGGAGUGAAAUCUCUAGUGGUAUUGUUAAAUUCAAACCACACAGAGAUAAUUCCAGACAUAAUUGCCACUUUCAUUUAUUUAUUUAACAAUGGAAGAAGGACAGGUGACAACACUGAAAUUAUGCAGAAAAUAGAAACACUAAAACAGUCACAGGAUAAAGUUAUAUCAAAUCUAGCGACUGUAUUCAUGGACAUUUAUCAAGAACAAUAA